AUGCACGGAGACACAAGAAAACUAAUAAGCGAUUCAAAUGUGCAUAAUAAUCUGGAGCAGAAAAUGUCGAAAUACAACUAUAAAGAUUUUAAAACAGAAAAUCAAAUAUUUUUCAACUCCCUCUCUAGAAUGAAUAGUAUGUACAGUAGAAUUCUAACAAACAGCAAUUCCUUCGAUCUAUUUGAUACCCUUUUGAAAAGAGACUCCUCAUCUAAAUAUUCAAAAUGUAACAGCAUAUUAAAUUGGAAACAACUGAGUAAACGUAUUUCUACAAAUAAGGAUGAACAUAUCGAUAGAAAGGAAGAGUACGUUUCCAGACAGGAAAAUGAAAUCAACAAAGGCGUUUCCUCCUUAAGAGGACAAGAUUUUUGUCCAUUUAAUUUUAUGAUUGCAAGCUUUAAUAAUCUAGUCAUUCUUAAGAACAAUACUUUUGACAAAAGUUUUACUGGAUAUGGUCAAAGUUUUAGUAGCUUUAAAAAUAGAAAAUUAAUAAAAUGUAAAACGUUCAAAUUAGAUCGAAAAAAAAAAAAAAAAAAAAAAAAAAAAAAGUUUUAUAAAAACGAAACCAAAAAAGUUUAUGACAUAAAUUUUAAAAAAAAUGUAUAUAAUCAAAUUGGGAAAAAACAAAAAGUAGGAUUAAUACGAGAAAAAAUAAAAUCCGAUGACGAAAUUUUUUUCUUAAAUAGUUCUUUAAAAAAUGCAUGUAACCUCGAGCAUAUCUCAUCAUCGACAUUUUACUGCCAAGUGGGCAACACUGUUGAAAGGCAAAUUAGCGGAGAGACAAGUCAAUUGGAAAAAAUCAGCUUAGAAAAAAGGCGAGUAGAUCAAAACCAUGUAGAACAGAACCGCAUAGAACAGAACCGCAUAGAACAGAACCGCGUAGAACAGAACCGCGUAGAACAGAACCGCGUAGAACAGAACCACGUAGAACAGAACCGCGUAGAACAGAACCGCGUAGAACAGAACCGCGUAGAACAGAACCGCGUAGAACAGAACCGCAUAGAACAGAUACGAGAAGAGUAUAUGAAAUACAUCUCCCUUUCUAUUAAAAGACAAGAAGAGAAGAUGGAGUGCUUAGCAAAAAACGUAGAUCAUCUUUUAGAUGUAAUUGAACUUUUACUGUAUAAACGAAUGAAAGAAAUUUUCCUUUUAAAGGAGGAUAUCUGCAGCAAAGACAGAUAUAAAGAAAUAUGCCCAGACGUUUUUUACUUCAGUGAUAAUGAUGACCUACUAGAAACGAUGGACCGAAAAUUUAGAUUUUUGCCAAAGAUCCCAGCCAAAGAAAACUUAACUCCUUAUUAUGGUCCUUCCUCCUCUGACAUCUUUGGAAAACAUUAUUUUACUUAUAAAUAUUUUUAUAAAAUAAUUAAAGUGGAUGUAAAAUUGUAUAAAUUACCUGAUCCGUAUAAUAAUAGUUUUAAUAAAUUUUAUGAUCAAAAUUACAAAUAUAAUUACUCUUUUGAUUUAUUAAAAUAUAACAAAAUGGAAAAACCAUGUAUGAAUAAACAUAAUAUUAGAAAGGCAAAUAAAAUGGAAGCGACAAAAAGAAACGGAAAUUUUCCAUUUUUCAUUUCUACUAAUGCACUAGAAGAAUCAAAAAAAAAAAAAAAAAAAAAAAAUAUAGGGUAUACGAAUAUAGAUAAAAUACCUGAAGAUUUGAUUCAUCUUUUGAACUAUAAAAAUAUAAUUAUUACUUAA